AUACUAACCUUAAAUUUGAGGAGAUUUAAAAACGUUUCAUGAAAUUCAUAAAAUUAAAACGAUUAAAACAUUUUUGUUAAUAAGUGAAAAAUAAUAAAUAUUUCUCUUCAAGUGAUUAGUUUUAAUUCAAGAGUUCUUUAAUAAUAAAAAUGAAUUAAAAAUUUAAAAUAUGGAUUUCAAUGUAAAACGAAUCAAAGUUUCCGAAAAGACGGAAAAUUCUGAUUUUUAUAACGAAUUAUGGAAAAAUUGCCCAAAGAACAAAAUAGCGGUAGAGUUUCAUGAAGAGAAUUUUAUUAAAAAUAUCACUUACAAAGAGAUAGAAAAUACAAAAAUUAAAAUAGAAGACAUUUUGUCAACAAUCAAUGGUUCGCAAUUUAUAGCCAUUGAUUUAGAUUUGAAGAAUUUUUGUCUUCCAUCUCUAAUCUUAGGAAUACUGUCCACCGGUCGUGGUUUUAUAAACAUUUCGCCGCUAUCGUCUCGGAAUUUAUGUUCUUGUCUGAAUGUUAAUUAUUUAUUUACGCAAAAUUCAAUUCCCAAUACGGAGGUGAUUCAAAUUGUGAAUUGUCAUGGAGAGAAUAUUCAAUUUGUAAAAUUAAAAGAGAAUUUAUCUGAAAAUCACCUGGAGAAUGUUUUUUAUAAGAAUCGUUUUGCCUACGCGAUUACAACAUCAGGGACGACUGGAACUUCGAAAAUUGUCAAAGUUCCUCCAGAGAGUAUAAUGCAUAAUAUUUUCGAUUUAAGGAAACGUUUUGCGAUCAGUGAAAAUGAUAAAAUUGGACAAUUAACGCCUCUUACUUUUGAUCCAAGUAUUGUGGAGAUAUUCUUGGGAUUGUGCAGUAAUUGUACUCUUUUUAUGGUUUCGAAAAAUUUACAAAAUAAACCCAGAGAAUUUUUGGAAAUAAUGAAUCGUGAGAAGCUGACUUUGUUUCAAACGACACCGUCUUUGUUAUUUGCAAGAUUUGGAAAAAAUGAUCUAAAAAAUGGAAUAUUAGGCGAGAAGAGUAAUUUGAGAAUUUUGUUACUUGGCGGUGAACCGUUUCCAAAAAUUGAUUCGUUGAAAACUAUUAGAGAUGAGGGAAAUCAAACGAAAGUGUUUAAUAUUUAUGGAAUUACGGAAGUUUCCUGUUGGGCGAGCAUCGUCGAAUUUAAUGAAGAAACAGAGAAUUAUAUUUCCCUUGGCUUUCUCGGUGAUCCACUGUCAGAAACUAUUUUUCAAGUCAGAACUGUCGAGGGUGAAAUUGUCACCGAAGGAGAAGGACUUUUGUUUAUUGGCAGCCGGGAAAGAAUUUGUUUAAUAGACGAAGAAACAAAUACAACUUCCCCAGUCUUUCGGAAUACAGAAGAUAAAGUUACGAUCGACAAAAAAGGACGAGUCUUCUACAAAGGACGAAAUAACAAAAUAAUAAAACGAUUCGGCAAUAAAGUGGAUCUCAGUAAAUUAGAAACCAAUAUUUUAAAUUUAAAAUCAAUAGAAAAUUGUUAUGCCAUUUGGAAUGAAGAGGAGGAAAAAUUACACGUCUGCAUAAAACAAGUAUUAAAUUCCAAAGACGAAAAUAGUUUGAAAUUCGAUGUGAUGAAUCACCUGCAAAAUCUUCCAGCUUUCUAUCAACCCGACGAAAUUCAUUUAAUCAUCAAUCUUCCACUUAAUAAAAAUGGAAAAAUUUGCCAGCAAUCUCUAAAGGAACUUUGCAGUAUAAAUAAAAAUUGUGAUAAAUUAUUAAUGCUGAGUGCAGAAAGUACUUUUUCCAAUCUAUGGAAAUUACUCGCCGGCUCCAUCGACUGUGGUUUCAUCAAGUCUGGCGGAAAUUCAGUGGCUGCAUUACAAAUUGUAAAUUCCAUUUCAGAAAAGUUUGAUCAAGAAUUUCCUGAAUUACUAGCAUUGCUCUUGAACGAUAAUAAUUAUUCAAAUUGUCUCGCGUACAUUGAGGCAGAAUUGAAGAAAAAUAAGGAUAAAAAUAGUGCGGAGCCUAGUGUGGAAAUUUUUCCUUCAACCAGUGAUGAGAAUUUUACGAAAAGAAAAUCUGUCGAGGAAAAGAAUGCAGAGAGAAAAGAAUACGGAGAAAAUUUAAUUAAUUGUGAGAUGGAAUUAAAUGACAAGUGUUUAUGGCAAAAAUGUCGAGGUUUUACGAAUGGGGAAAAUAAAACAAAGGAGGAAAUUUGUAUCGAAGAGAAUGUGAAAUUGGAAAUUGUGAAAUAUUACGAUUUGAAAAAAUGUAUAGACGCUUCUGCGACUAUUUUUCAAUAUUCCAGUGGAAAAGUUUUCGCGACUGUUGGCUCUCACUCAGGAAUGAUUAUCACUGUCGAAAUAGAUUCCAAUUCUGAUGAAUGUUAUAUUAUUCAACUGUCAGAUAGAAUUGAAGCGUCGAUUUUGGUUUUUGAUAAUUUUCGAGCUGUCGUUGGCUGUUAUGAUGGAAAUGUAUAUUAUUUAAAUCUCAAGAGCGGUGAGAUUUAUUGGAAAUUUCAAACCGGUGACGUCGUCAAAUGCACCGCUGCAACUUGUUCAGAAAAAAGGAAAAUUUUUAUUGGAUCUUACGAUCGUCACAUGUAUUGUCUCUCAUUAGAGAAUGGAUUAGAAUUAUGGCGAACGAAAGUCGAGGGAAGUAUUUCCGGAACAGCUCGUUUACAUAAUGAAACCCAGAGUCUUCUCUUUGGUGCUCUGAAUGGGACUUGUGUCAAUUUAGAUCAAGUUUCAGGCAAUAUCAAAUGGCGAUAUUCAUUCUCGGAUCCUGUCUUCUCAGCACCAGCAAUUCUUGAAACUGGAAACGUUAUUUUUGCCAGUGUCUCUGGAAAACUUGUAUGCCUUAAUAUUCAAUCUGGACAAAAGUUAUGGACUUACACUAUAAAUGGAAAUAUAUUUUCUCAUCUGGUCACAGUGAAUAAACGAGAAUCAAUAUUAUUUGCGAGUAGAAAUAAAAAUCUUUAUUAUCUCGAAUGCAAUUUAAAACCAAAUUUGAAAUUCUCGUCAUUGAUGGGGAAUCCGAUAAUUACCACUCCUUGGAAUGCGGAUAAAUUUAUUUUAAUCGCCUGCAUCGAUGGUACUUUACAAGUUCUCGAUUCAAAUACUGGAGAUAUUCUCACCAGCCAUAAACUUCCUGGAGAAGUAUUUUCAUCGCCGGUAUUGUAUCGAGAUCUCAUUGUUGUUGGUUGUCGAGAUAAUAAUUUGUAUAUUUUAAAACUUUUCACUUCCUAAAAUAAUUUUCAACUGAAAACAAAUUUGUUUAAUUUCAGUUUCAUUUUGCUUUGAUAAAACUAAAAAACUUAUUUGGAAUUUUGAAUUAAAAAAUAAUGAAUUUGAAUGAUUUAAUAGAUAAAAAUUAAUUUUAAUAAUUGAAAUGUUAGUGAGACUUAUCUGUUGGGGGACAAUGAACGAAAUGCUUAAAUAUAAGAGAGAAAGUAGCACAAUAUGUUUUUAUUUGUAAGGGUCUUGUAUUACAGUAAUCGCAACAUCCUGAAAAUGCUUCGCUUGGCGAAACGGAUUUUUUUUCAUUGAUAAUUUGUGAGAUUGUACGUUAUGCUGUUUCACGUGUAGCUAAUGCAAAGGGCGUGGAAGCACGGCAAAAUUUUUUUUUAAACUUUCAGACACAUUAAACAUGAUUUUUUUUUUUUAAUAAACAAUUAACGACAAUUAUCACGACACAUUCAUUUGAAAAAGCAAAAGAAAGGAAAUAUAUUUAUAAGCAUAUUACGAAAGAGAAAAAUACUUGAUAAAUUUUUUUAAUUGAAAUGCUUCGUUCUUAUCUGCCCAAUUUUUUCACAAUAUAUAUUUUAACGUACUUUCCCCUAAUUCUAAAUAGUUCCCAAAUAGCACAUGCAGCCCGUAUUAUAACCUUUCGAUUCUGAUAAGAUUUUUUUUUAUAACAUUAUAUUAUGAUAUAUACAAUAUUAUUAGAUAUUGUAAUAUAUAAUAAUAGUGUAUAAUGAAUAAUUAUUAUAACAUUAUAAGUGUAGAUUUUCGUAUAAAGUUUUAUCGUAUUGUAUACAAAUUUGUAUACAGAUUUUUUCUUUACAAUGAUAAUAGGUAUUAUGAUAAUAAUAGUAAUAAUAAUAAUAAAAAUA